AUGAAUCGCCCAAACCCAUUUGCAUCCAAUAGCUUCUUCAAGCCAGCAUCAUCACUUCUCGGCACCUAUAGCAAUUCCACUCAUGCAACGCGCCGAAGAAGCCUAUCUCUGGACUCCGACACCGAAGCCCAACGCCAUUCCCCUGACCCUCCACCUCUACCAACUAUCAUGAACAAUGCGCCUGCUGCCUCAGACCUCGGUGCACACGAGAAUGCUUCCGAAUUGACACCAAGCCCGGGCGUCCCUUUAGUCAAUGUAUCACGGUCACCGUCACCAUACGCAAGAACCCAGAGUGUUGCACGAUCUGAAGACGAUGAGGAAUAUGAGUUGCAAAGCAUCUCUGAGGCCAGACACUUGGUCGCAAGGGACAAAGCCACUGGUGAGCGCAGUAGCGCCCAACGUAUCUUCCAGAAGGGCGGAAUUGGCCAAUUUUUGUUCGGUACCUCUGUCGGUUGGCGCAUCUACGUGGCUUUCCUGGUCUUCUGGGUUGGCGGUUGCCAAUUCGGCGCCCUGCUCAUGAACAGGUUCAUACUCUGGACGGGUACUUAUAAGUUUCCUUAUCCACUCACCCUGACCCUGUUGCAACUCUGUAUAACUCAUCUUUUUCUGCUCGGCUUUGCUGCCCUGACCCGGGGGCUGGCUGGACCACUACAAACCAUCGGUCUUGGUCAUAUGGUUGCUCCAUCUCAGGCUUACAAUAAGGGAAAUAGGCCUACGAGGUAUACUGGAGGUUUGAAAACAAAAUCAGUCUUCUCGAAUAUCUCCCACUGGUUCUUGCACGGCUCAGGAGGCAUCGCAGGAGGUGGUCUUUUUGAGUAUCAGCGCAGCACGGCCAAGCAUGUCUUUCCUGCAGCUGUCGUCUUUCUCGGGAAGACUGUUCUAUCCAACAUCUCAUUUGCCUAUGCUGUCAUGCCCAUGUACAUGAUCUCGAGAAUUGCCAUCAUUCCCUUGACCUUGAUACUCACUGCCGUCUUGCUUCGCCAACAACACUCAAUCCAAACCAUGUCAGCUGCAAUUAUCGCAACAGUGAAUCUACUCAUGACUAGUAUCCGGUCUGGAGAACGCGAUCCUUGGGAGUCAGUAGUCGCUGGUGUCUUCAGUUCGAUAUUCGUCGCUUUAUACCCGAUUCUCCUUCUCCGUGGAUACCGCCAACUAGUUUCUGACCUGGUACCGCAGGGUGAUUUGCUAAGUGCCACAGACUCGCAAACCCGAACCGUCAGCACAGGCACAAAAGAAGAAACACGCGCAUACUGGAGAACCUUACACUACACAUCUUCACUUACGAUACUCAUGCUCAUUCCGUUUGUCCUCAUCUCCGGUGAGCUCAAGCAGAUCAACCGUAAUUGCUACUUCCUGGACGUACCUUGGUUCUGGUUCCUCAUGUCUUGCGCAUCGCUUGGUGGCUUUGGCGUCUUCGCGUCAUUCUUACUUCUGGUAAAAGCUACAUCUCCUCUAUCAGCCAACUUUGUUUCGCUGCCGAGAAGUGUCUUCCAGAUUGUGGUGUUGAGCAAGUUCAAGAUGCCUGCGCAUAGCUGGGUUGGAGCUGGUUUAUGUGUCCUGAGUUGUCUUUGGUACUGUCUUGCUAGAAUCAGGGACGGCAGAAGUAGAGGCAGC